AUGGCCACAGAAGAUUGGAGAAAGAUAGACAUUGAUGCAUUAGAGCCGGAAUACCAUUUGUCGGCAGCCGAGCUCGUUCCUGACCUACCACAAGUGUCCCAAUCGCAAAUAUCAUCGGUGGCGCAACAAGUGAGGUCGCAAUUAUCAUCCGGUCAAUUCCAACAAGCACUUGAAUUAGCUUUGGACAAUGCACCUUAUAUCGCUGAUCUGCCUCAAACUAAGGAAAUGCACGCCAAGACAGUAUUUGAGAUCUUGUGUUCAAUAAAAAACAACAACAAUGUAUCAGAAUUGGGACAAUUUGUCAAGAGUUUGAAUCAAGAGCAACAGGAUACUCUCAUCAAGUAUUUGUACAAGAGCAUGUCUGAACCAUAUGGGCAAAAGCAAGGAGGGUUGUUGUUGAAUUGGUUUGAAAAGACUGUUGAAAUUACUGGCGUAGGUGCAAUCGCUAGAUACAUGACUGAUCGGAGGACUGUAUAG